UUAACAAAUGAAUACGUUAGUAGACAAUUGUUCCUUUAGGGUAAAGGCGGCAGUGCGUGUGAACACAUCGAACUAAUUAUAGGUAUGGGCUGCAGCGCUGCAAAGAACUUAACAGUCGAGCCUUUAGAUGGCAAUAAAGUUACUGAGUUAUCUAACGGCCAUCCGGAUACGAGAAAAGUUUCCAUUCCGAGAAGCGUUUCAGACGUACCGCCGCUGGAAGGAGAGGAUCCCCAGACUGAAGUUCUAGAGACUGCCACUGUGAAUAAUUUACAGAAAGGAGCGAACGGAUUGUCGUUUGAGAUUGCCUUUCAAGAGGAAGGGGAAGAAAGUAUUAUUAAGAAACAUCCGCCGAAGAGGUUUCAGAGGCUAGAGGAGCAGCAGACUAGUCCGACGACGACCUUGGUCAAGCUUCAGGAAAAGCUCGACGAGGCCGAAAUUAGACGACAGCAGAUUCUGCAGCAGCGGGUUCAGUCGGCCAAGUACCGACACACCCUGAAAAAACAGUCGAGCGUGACGUCCUCGGAUGAGGAUCCUGAUCACCUGAAAAUACCUCUGGACGUACCUCAGCCCGCUAACCCCUACGAUGUUUCGUACAUUUGAGUCAGGUGUGCUGAUUAUAUCGGGGUUGGUUUUUACUUGCACCUAUCGAUUACGGGGUAUUUUUGAAAUUUUUAAAAAUUUUGCCAAAGUUGGACUAAUCCGAGGAUCAAAAAACUGAGUUAAAUUGACAUACAGUUGUAUUUUAAUUUAGAAAGUGUCAUAAGGGAGCUAGAAGAAUAGAUUGUAAAAUUAUUUCUAGCUUAAUUCGCGAGCGUUUGUGGAGAGAAUCCGAUAAAGACAAGCAAAAACUUGCGUUCCUCCCUAAACGCUCGAGUACUUAAAAACUAACAUCCAAAACAUCAAGUAAAGCUUGUUGUAUAUUUUAAUUUAGCUUUAUUAUCUCUUUAGUUUAUACAUCUUCAUUAACAUUAUAUUUAUAAUACCCGUAACUUUUUUAGUGAUUUAAUGGGAAUUUUAAUAAAAUUUCUUUAUUAUAUUAGUAUAUAAAACAACAUUUUAUUUAUUAACAUCAUUUACAAACCACUAUUUAUAUCGGGAAUGGUAAAUAUUACAAAAGUCUCGUUUCUUGUGGUUUUAUUUUAUAAUAAAUUGUACCUAAU